AUGCAGUUCAGCAUCCUCUCUCUCCUCGGCUCGGCCGCUCUCGCCGUUGCCACCAACACCGUCACCUUCCAGUCCCUGGACGACGUCACCCGCAUCGUCCACUUCACCCCCAACUCCGGCCUCGCCUCCGUCGACUCCGUCGAGAUCCCCGGCAACAGCAAUGUCACGGUCGAGAUCCCCAAUGCCUGGAUCGGCAACUGGUACUCCGUCUCGGAGGGCGAGGAAAACAUCGCCGGCAUGCUCGGCGAGGUUGCCUUCAACGGCUGGAACGGCCUGACGUACUUUGACGUCUCCGCCAUUGUCAACCCUAACGACCACAACGGCGUCAAGAAGAUGUGGCCCGCCAACGGUGCCCUUCCCAUCUCCGGCUGCGACUUUUUCCCUUGCAACAACGCCUACUACCUCCCCGACGACGUCCAGACCAAGGUCACCUCUGAGACCGACCUCGUCUGCACCCUCGGCAACAACGGCGCCGUCUCUCGCCGCGACGUUGACGACCACUACGAGUCGCCCAGCUACAAGCGCGACUUCGUCCAGGGCAUGUACGCCAACUAA